AUGUUGUUCUUCUCUGACGAAAGGUCAGCAAAGAUUCCUCGUGGUUGCGGAACGAUUGUACAUAGAAUCUCCAGUCCUCAAUUUGUGGACCCCACCUCACUCUGUAUUUGUCCAUGCACUAAUCGUAUUCUGGUUGCUGAUAACGGCGCUGGAUGUGUUUUUGCCUGCCAGCCAGCGCUCAGCCUACUUGGAGGAAAUAGAAUUUUGGCUGGUGACACUGGCGGGAAUGGCUCUACCUGCAACAGUACCGUGGUUUCAGCCCUAAUUGGUGCCGGUUCCCUUAGUCCUGGAAACCAGAAGUUAGCCGGUUUGACAUCAUUUGGGCGGUCGGCCACUUUACAACCCGGAAGCAAUCGUACCAUAUCUCGGGCCUCAUUGGGUAGUGUGGGCUCUACUGGCAAGACAGCAAAUGCCACCAGCGGAGACAGAAGUGGGACUGUCGGUGGAAGUCAGCUGACUGCCUCAGAAGUGUGCCAGCGAGUCACCGGGCUCUGCGCUACGCCAAAGGGUGACAUUGUACUGGCUGCUGGCUCUUUGGUCCACGUGAGUUGA